AUGGGUCUAUUAUCUGAAGGAAAUCCCUUGUCUUGGGAGGAAACAAAGGCAUUGGCAGAACAUGUCCGACAACACGGCAUCGAACAAUUUAUUAACCUAUACAAAAAAUUGGAGGAUCGCACAGGCGAUGUACUCAAGUGGGGUGACGAGGUUGAAUAUAUAAUAGUAAAAUUUGAUGAUGAAAAAGAACGAGCCACUGUUAGCCUGAGAGCUAAAGAUCUUCUGCCUCAGUUACAAGAAAAGGAAGUAGCAGAUCCACAAAAUGUGAAAUCGCUUUGGCGUCCUGAAUAUGGCGCGUACAUGAUUGAAGGAACGCCUGGAAAACCCUACGGCGGUCUCUUAGCACAUUUUAACAUUGUAGAGGCUAACAUGCAGUACCGUAGAGCUGAAGCAACCACAAUACUACACCCCGGCGAAGUCAUAAUGAGCAUAACCAAUUUUCCAAGGCUAGGAUGUCCAAACUUCACAAGCCCACCUAAUCCCCCGACCCCACAGGAUGGAGUAACGAGGUCGCUAUUCUUCCCAGACGACGUUAUAUUCCCGGGACACCCACGCUUCAAAACGUUGACAUCAAAUAUAAGAAACAGGCGUGGUGAAAAAGUUGCCAUUAAUAUACCAGUAUUCCGAGAUGUACACACAAAGAUACCGGUUGAUAAUUCUUCGGAACUGGAGCCUAAUGCGGCGAAGCCCGACUGCGUUUACAUGGAUGCCAUGGGUUUCGGUAUGGGAUGCUGUUGUUUGCAGCUCACGUUCCAAGCUUGCUGCAUCACCGAAGCGCGCACGCUUUACGAUCAACUAGCACCUCUUUGUCCUAUUAUGCUGGCUUUGUCAGCCGCUUCACCUAUCUACCGAGGAUUUCUCACCGACGUAGACUGCCGCUGGAACGUGAUUUCUGCUUCAGUGGAUUGCCGCACUCGUGAGGAACGCGGUCUCGAACCUCUCAAAAACAACAAGUUCCGCAUCAACAAGUCACGAUAUGACUCUAUUGACUCUUAUCUCUCACCGGAAAAUGAAAAAUACAACGACAUAAACAUAGUCCACGACAAGGAGCUGUACCGCCGACUGCGCGAGGGCGGGAUCGACCACCCGCUCGCCCUUCACGUCUCGCACCUGUUCAUAAGGGAUACUGUCUCACUCUUCUCUGAGAAAGUACACCAGGAUGACGAGAACGACACAGAUCAUUUUGAGAACAUUCAGUCCACCAACUGGCAGACAAUGCGCUUCAAGCCGCCGCCCCCAAACUCGCCUAUAGGUUGGCGCGUAGAAUUCCGCCCGUGCGAGGCGCAGCUUACAGACUUCGAAAACGCCGCCUACGUCUGCUUCGUGGUACUGCUCACACGCGUCAUACUAUCCUACCAUCUCAACUUCGUUAUGCCGAUAAGCAAGGUUGAUGAAAACAUGCAGCGAGCUCAGCGAAGGAACGCUUGCCUCGAGCAAAAGUUCUGGUGGCGACGUGACGUAGGAGUGCCCGCAGACCUCGCCAAGCAAAAUACGGACUCUACCGAUAUCUACUCAGAGAUGACCAUCAACGAAAUUGUUAACGGAAAGGAUGGUGUGUUCUCCGGCCUUAUUCCCCUAAUCGAGUCCUACCUGUCAGGCAUGGACGUGGACGCCGACACACACUGCUCGGUGCAACAGUACCUUAAGCUCAUUCAGCGCCGAGCCUCGGGCGAAAUCUCUACUAUGGCUUCCUGGAUGAGAAAUUUUGUCACCACUCACCCGCAAUACAAAAAGGACUCCGUCGUCUCCGAGAAGAUAAACUACGAUUUGCUGAAAACUGCGUACGGCAUACAAACGGGUACAAUACCUGCGCCGAAACUCCUAGGCGGCGGCAACGUGUCCAAGACCAACGAAAAUAUACCCAAGGCCUUUAUCACCAUGAUGAGUAUCAGAGAUUUAAAUUGA